AUGGAUAAACAAGCAAUCAAGAGAAGAAACAGACUGCUUAAAAAAAAUGAAGCUCGGAUGAGCCUUCUGCUGGGGAAGUCGGAAGAGGGCGAUGUAGAGAAGGACGCAGAGGGCAAAAAGAAAGCGGGGGAAUUGAAGCCAAAACGGAAUGAAGUAACUCAAGAGGAGGGACACGAUGGAGGGGAGAAGAAGCUACCCUCCACGGGGAAAAACGCACCUUCGGAAAUGGACCAAAUGGCAACACCGAGUAAUUCACCAGCACAGGCUAGCAUCGCCGACUGCGAUCAGCACACAGAAGGCAGUUCCAACCAACAGGGGGACCCCACGAGUGGAAAUGAACAAACCCCGGAGGGGAAGAAAAAAGAGGGGAAAGACCCCACCGGGGAGGAGAAGCAAAGAUCCGACCCAGAAACGAGCCAAAAGAGGAGCCAAAAUGAGGGCCAAAAGGGGGACCAAAAGGGCGAAAUAAAAAAUGGAGCAAAAAAAAAACGAAUAAGCAAUCACGCAGGUCAUAAAUCAGAUAGCGGCCGAGACGACUAUACCAAUGUGGACGAUAUAAAUAACCCCAGUGAAAGCAACAGCGGAAAAUCAGAGGGGAAAGGUAAAGAAGAAGCCUCAAUUGGAACCCCCCAAUUUAAGUUGUCCAUCCGCAGACUGGCCCAAUUCGCAUCCCUAAUAUUUCUCUCCACACUUCUAAGCAUCGUGAAAAUAAAAUAUUGUGACUACAAUCCGCUGCCGAUGAGCAUAGAGCCCAUGGGAAAAAAAAAAAAACUGCAACGUUUCAUAAGCUCCAAGUUUGUUUUUUUUUUCCUCUCCCUUUUUUACAACAUGGCAUUUUCGCUAAUUGAUGUGUAUGCCUAUUUUGUAAAACACAACUUGAGUCAGAAGGAGCUCUGGAAGAAUCUACAGAACUUACGGGAGAGGCUGACUAGCCAAUCUGAAUGUCUUUUGUUUCUCCUAAAUAAUGGCACGACGGUUGCUUUUUUUUUUGUGAAUGUCGUAAAAACAUACUUGCUGCUAAUGUUUUUAACUCAUUUGUUUGAUGACCUUUUGUACAACUUCACCGUUCGCAAGACUUGGGCGAGUGUUCCCCUCCCCGCGUCGUAG